AUGUCUGGCGUUUUAAGAUGGCGGCCUCCAUGUGUGAAUGUUGAACUUCAAUGCUCACAUUUUUUCAGUCGAUAUUUUAAUAUUGAUUGAGUGGUUCCCUAAUCCUUCUUAAACUAUGUUCUGAAGAGUAACGGCACUGAGCUGUGCCAGUGUGAUUUGUCGACAAAUUUGUCGAAAAGUGACAACAAGAUUGAAGAACGGUGGUUAUUUUUGCUAGUCCCUGACCAUGAUGAAUCCAUGAAAACGUGCACACACAUGACACAUCUUUGCUGCAAAAUAACUCCGAAGGUUUGGGACUACUCCUACUACGUAACCACCCUCCUUUAUGUCAAGUAAAAUCGUUGAUUCAUAGGAUCAGAGUGAACAUUUCAACAUGGAUCAGAAGAAAAAGUGUAGGCCUAAAGGUUUAAUGGAACGCCUUCACGAUGGUGAGACGGUUAUCUGCGCGGAAGGAUAUCUCUUCGUGUUCGAGCGACGUGGCUAUUUGACAGCGGGGUCAUUUGUACCGGAAGUAGUCCUCGAACAUCCGGAAUUAGUCCGGCAGCAGUAUGAGGAAUUCGUCCACGCCGGAAGUGACGUCGUGCUGGCAUUUACGUAUUACGCACAUCGCGAAAAGAUGGCACUGAUUGGUCGAGAGGAUGAUCUGGAGCGAAUCAACAAGCACGCACUGCGCAUGGCACGUGAGGUGGCUGACCAAACUGGUACUCUGAUGGCAGGUAACAUCAGCAACACCAACAUCUUUCUGGACAGCGUGCCCAAUUAUCGAGAGAAAAUUUGGCAGAUCUUUAAAGAACAGAUAGAAUGGGCUGUAGAAGCGGGAGCCGAUUUCAUUGUGGCGGAAACCUUUCCUCACUUCGGUGAAGCGUUAAUGGCUGUGAAGGCGUGCAAGGAAUUUGCAAAAGAUAUUCCCUGCGUGGUGACAUUGUCGGCCGUGCAUUGCCAAGUGAACGGGAAGCCGGCUACUGUGGACGACGUGGAUAUCGUCGACGCGUUCAACAAGCUAGCGGAGGCGGGGGCUGACGUGGUGGGGCUGAACUGCUCGCGGGGACCGGCCACCAUGCUGCCAAUUCUGGAAGAAGCCAUCAAGGACUGCAAAGCACCCCUAGCCGCUGUUCCCGUUAUGUACCGCACAACUAACGAGGAACCGAGCUUUAUUUCUUCCAAGGACCCUCUGACAGGUGAGCCGCUGUUCCCUGUGAAUCUGGACUGCAUCCAGUGUAACCGUAAGGACAUCCACGACUUUGGCAAGCGAGUGCAGGAGCUGGGCAUCAAGUACGUGGGUCUGUGUUGCGGCAACUCGGCUCACCUGACCCGGAGCCUGGCCGAGAGUUUGGGCCGAAAGCCCCCGGCCUCCCGCUACUCGGCAGACCUGAACAAACACUGGCUGCUUGGACAUGACGACAAGUUGCCUUUGCUGGAGCAAGAAUCCAAGACUAAGUAUACUCUCAGAUUGACCAAAGUUGAGUAAUAAACAAACAUUGACCUACUUACACAACUGAAAUAUAGAAAAACAUAUGCCUUGAUGACUAACAGGUUAUUUUUAGCAGGCCUUGGUUCUUCAUUCAAACUAAAAGAGUCAAUAAUUUUUAGAAGAGACAGUAGGAUAAAAAUUACAUUUAUUUCUGUUUGAAACUUCAAACAGUACAGAAAUAGGUACAUUCACUCUUUAUUAGCAAAUGCCAAGCAUACGAUGACCGACCAUCAACGUAUAAUUGUUCUAAUGGCGUCUGGGAUUAUCGUUAAGUCUUCAACUUUGUUUUAACGGUUUUUUUAUAUAAGGACAGGAUGGUACAAAAAGAAACAACGUCUGAUUUUAAAACAUGCAGAUUGAAAAAAAAGAUAUUUAAUCUUUUGCUUCCUUGAGAUAAUACCAUUAUUAGAUUGGAGAUCAAAGGGUAACAGUACUUCCUGAAUAAAAAAUGUAUUAAUUGCUGAAGGGGCAAUCUUACUUGGGUCACCCAACGAGGAACAUUUUCUGAGGACAAAGCUUUUGGGGAAAAUAGGAACCGCACCUAUGUCGAUGUCGUAGAUGAAUACCACUGAAAACAAGGUGGUGUUAAACUUAAGAAUCUUCUUUGCACUGAUGAAAUCUCACACAUUCCGGAGUGCAGAUAUUUCUGUCCUCCAAGCAAUAGUGUUCAUAUCUUUCUUCGAAAAAAAAAGAAAAAAAGAAAAAGAAAAAAAAAGAUACACCCCAAACCGAAAAAAAGUGACGACACAAUUGCGUUAUUAUAAUAUCUCGUUAUUAAUGUACAUUGCCCGUCAGUAUUUGAGAUUUUAGCUGUGAAUGUUUAAUCAUUGCAUUUCAAGAAUAUUAACAUCCGUUAAAGAUAGGAAAAUCCUCGACUAGCCUCAUUACACCGUUUAGAAAUAGCUAACGAAUUUUGACUUGAAAAAGUGUUGUAAAUAUCAACAGGAAACAUCGUUUGAAUUUUACAGAGUAGUUUUAAAUGAAAUCAAUUAUAGCAGACCUUGUUAAAAAAAACUGCACGUGUCGGAGCUUAGUGAGAAACAACAUUUUUACCGUUGUUUGAAAUUCUUUUCUGAUUUUGGGGGUGCGGAUUUGAUUCAGUCUUUUAAUGCUGACAUAAUUCAAAUAACGCUGACACCAGACGUAAAGCGUAAACUCUGCAUGAAGUUCCUCGCGAUGGGGACACUGGCAAUUAUAUGGAAACACAACCUCAUUAGCUGUCAAACAAAGUGGACUGAUGUAAACUCUGUAGAUCAAACGAUCCAGAGUAGUGGAAUUAGAUUUGUACAACUAGAUUCUUUAAUAAAUCUGAUGACUUGAAUUUUUUGUAGACGAUA